AUCGCCGCAGAGCAAUCCACUGUGGGCACUCAAUUGUCGAAACUCCAGUCCGGCGAGAGUUCGGGACAGGACAAAACCAGGGCGCUCGAAGCUCGCCAACCAACCAAGAUCGAAGCCACUAAGAGCCAGACCUCUAAUCCCUUGGCCUCCUCCCUUUUUCUUCUCUGUCCCUAGUCCCUGGAGAGCGAGCAAGCGAACAAUAUGGCCUUCACACCAACUCUCUUCGUCAACCUCCCUGUCCUCUCCCUCUCUACUUCUACUCCCUUCUACCUAUCCCUUGGCUUUACUCCUAACCCCACUUUCUCCUCCUCAGACACCACCUGCAUGACCCUCUCCCCUGCCAUCUCCGUUAUGUUAAUGGAGCACUCCCGGUUCCAAUCAUUUAUGCCAGGAGGGAAAGCGUUGGUUGGGGGAAAGGUCGGAACGGAGGUUUUGCUCUGUUUCAAUGUCGAGAAGAAAGAGGAUGUAGAUCGCAUUGUGGAAGCAGCUGGGAAGGCGGGCGGGAAAAUGGACCCUACGGUUUUGCCGCAGAUAGGGGGCAGUUAUGGGAGGAGUGUUGAAGAUCCAGAUGGACAUGUUUGGGAGGUGGGGUGGUUUGGGGGGAUGGGUGGGGAUGGGUGUGCGGUUGGGGGGGAGAAAGGGAAGGACGGGGGGAAGGACGGGGGGGAGGAAUAG